GUGGUUGCUUCAAUAAGAGUGUCAAUUCAAUGGCCACCAGCUGAGGAGUAUGAAAAUACAGAGACGUUGGUACUCCUUUCAAAUGAACAACAUUUUGUUGAUAUCAGAUUUCGUGAUGAUAUUGAUCGUAUCGAUUGGAUCUUAACUGGUAAGGAAUAUGAUAUCCCAAAUACAAAUAAGAUUGAGUUCCAACAUGAAAUAAACACUAAUGUUCCAGGUUUCCAUGGUGGUGAAUUUGAUGUUGGUAAUUUCAAUAGUAUUCCAAACACUAAUGAUCGUGAGGAAACUGGUGAAAUGAUAAAUCCUCAAACUCGUAAAGUUCAACCAUAUCGUGAAGUAUGGAGAAGUAUUGAUCCUUUAAAGUCAACAUUUGAAAACUUUGUGAGAGAAGAUUCAAAUAGUGAUGUCAAAGUCCCUUGUGUUGUAUUAAAAGUUGUUCAAAAACCUGGUGUUAAUUACAUUGGUACUGUUGUUAGACUUGGUAAUUUUUUGCAAGGUGCAUUGUUGAAUAAAGAUACUGAA